GAAGAUAGUGAUGAUAAUGAAGACGAUGAUGAUAGCGAGGAUGAGGAUGACAGUGAUGAAGAAGAAGAGGUCCCUGCUGUAAAGACAAAAAAUACCAAGGCUGCACCAGCCAAAAAACCCGCAGCUGCAGAGGACAGUGAUGAUGAUGAAGAAGAUGAUGAUGAAGAUGAAGACAGUGACAACAGUGAAGAGGAAGAAGAAGAAUCUGACAGCGAAGAGGAAGAAUCCGGCAAUGAAGAGGAGGAAGCCCCAGUAGAGAACAAAUCAACAAAACGUAAGAAGGAAAAGGAGAGCAAAAAAGAGGCAAAGAAACAGAAGGUUGAAGAAACACAGGAAGGCAUCAGUAUAUACUGUGGCAAUCUGAAUGCAGACA